AAGUGGAUGUUCCACAGAAGUCAAGACAGAUAGCUUAUUUCUAGCGCUAUGCCCUCAUAACAUAACAAGACCUACUUUCUAUCUGUCUAAAUAUAUACACAAGCAGCGUCUAUAAGUCAGCGUGGCACUAUUUGUAAUUGCCUGACACGGGGGGCACGGACAGCUCACGCGCUCCAGCGCCGCACGCGUCCGGCGCAUCUUCAUUCUCGAAGUGGAAAGGUGCGCGGCUGUCCACCGCAUCUCUGGAUACCGACGCGCCUCGCAACCGGCCACAGUUACCUGACAGCUAAUAUUUUGGUUUACCCACCUUUAUUUUGGCGUUCAUUUCAACGACUGAAGGGGGAUGUGUUAUUGUUUUAUUUUUUCUAAAUAAUAUUAACUUAUUCAACUGAACAUCGAAGACAUGGAAAAAGUCGUCGGACGCCUUAAGUUUGUGGAUAAACGUUAAAUGGAGAAUACCCUACGCUCAAACUUAAGACCAAACUUCCUUUUGUUUUUAUCUUUUAUCUUCAAUGGACAGCAGAGAAACACCAGACACGCAUCAUGGCUGACACACGCCGUUGCCAAUAAAUAGGGGGAGAAAAAUGUUGUGUCUGGGAAAUGCUCACAGAAAUGGAACAAUGGGGAUCAGGAGUGGAACACGCAGCGGGACAAUUAUCCGGCACCGGCAGUCCAAACGCACGUCCAGGAUAUGCUUCACAUUUACUUUACUCCUGCUUAUGUUUACACCGAGGGUGGAUUCAUCGUGGUGGUACAUCGGAGCGCUGGGCGCCAGGGUGAUCUGCGACAACAUCCCAGGCCUGGUCAACAAGCAGCGCCAGCUGUGCCAGCGUCACCCGGACCUGAUGCAGUCCAUCGGCGACGGGGCCAAGGAGUGGAUCAGGGAGUGCCAGCACCAGUUCAGACAGCACCGCUGGAACUGCAGCACCCUGGAGCGAGACCACACCGUGUUCGGCCGCGUCAUGCUGCGAAGCAGCCGGGAGGCAGCGUUUGUGUACGCAAUCUCUUCGGCCGGCGUGGUGUACGCCAUCACCAAGGCCUGCAGCCAGGGUGAGCUGAAGAUCUGCGGCUGUGAUGGCCAGAAGCGCGGCAGAGCCAGCGACGAGAAGGGAGACUUCGACUGGGGCGGCUGCAGCGAUAACAUCAACUACGGCAUCAAGUUCGCCAAGGACUUUGUGGAUGCCCGGGAGAGGAUGGUGAAGGACGCGCGGGCACUCAUGAACCUGCACAACAACCGCUGUGGUCGCAUGGCGGUGAAGCGCUUCAUGAAGCUGGAGUGUAAGUGUCACGGGGUGAGCGGCUCCUGCGCCGUGAGGACCUGCUGGCUGGCCCUGUCCGACUUCAGGCGCACCGGGGACUACCUGCGCAAGAAGUACAACACGGCCAUCGAGGUGACCAUGAACCAGGACGGGACGGGCUUCACCGUGGCCGACCAGGACUUCAAGGGAAGCACCAAGAACGAGUUGGUGUACGUGGAGAACUCCCCCGACUACUGCCUCACCGAUCGCUCAGCAGGUUCUUUGGGCACAGCUGGUCGCGAGUGUGACAAGUCAUCCAGAGGCCCAGACAGCUGUGAGGUCAUGUGUUGCGGCCGCGGGUAUGACACCAUGCGUGUCCAACGCGUCACCAAAUGCGAGUGCAAGUUUAAGUGGUGCUGCGCCGUGGAGUGCCAGGACUGUGAGGACACGGUGGACGUACACACAUGCAAGCCUCACAAGAGACCCGAUUGGUUGGAUUGAACCCGAGGUUGGCCGAGAUGGACCAAUCCUUCAGUUAAACUAUCCACCUGUGGAUGGUUGCCAAUAUAAAAUCGAUGACUGCGAGUUUCUUCCUAAAUGAUCCACCCUCUUCACUUCAUUCAAUGCCUCUGAUAUUUAAACAUUGAGAAUUACUUUCUGAAGAAAAGACCUCUAAGAACAUAAAUGCUUUGUUUCAUUGAACACAAACCUGAGAAGGACCCGGUCGAUUAAUGCGUGCUCCUUACGUGUUCUUCUGUAACUAUAUUGUCCUUUCUAAAGAUUGAACAUUAUUUACAUUGCUGUAUCCUAACCUCGUCUGAGGUGAGCAAUUUUGGUGAGGUACUUUUUUCAGUGUUAUACUAUUGUGAUGUAGCUUAUUAUGCUUUACUGAGUUAAUUUGAUCACUUUUAAAGUUUGGAGAGAAAAUACACUAUUUGGGACCUACUACUAGCAAAAUGCUUGAUUCAGGAGUAAGCAAACUGUGACUAAUCGUACACACCGAGACCACAGACAUACGGUGUCUGUAGCUAAAAUACAGCCACAUACCUUGUUGAAACAAACAUUUCUAUAUUGUGACCCAAAUAUAACAUGACUUAAUGAACUUUUGUUUAUAAUAACAAUAUGUGCAGUUCCAAUGUCCAGUAUCAGUCCCUGUUGUUGAUGUACAUUCUCCCAAAUGUAUGCUUCUUAAUGUCUUUUAUUUAACGUCAUACAUUGAUCAUACUAAAGCUGCUAUGGGAUGUC